UGAUAUUCUAGGUGUGUUCCAACAAGUAUGCUGUGUGUAACCGCAAGGAUGCUCUGAAAAUUGCUGUCACAUUGCUCACUACUGAGAAGAACACUUGCUUCAAGAUAAUUUGUGAAGACAUGUCCCAGAGACUUCUGUAUUCGUGGCAGGAGAUGUGGUUCUAUAGAAAAUAAGAAACAGACGCUCCUGACUGGAGGAGCUUACAGUCAACUCAAUGAAUUAUUUAAUGUGCAGCAGAUUAAUGCAGUCAGAAGACACAGAAGACAACCAGUUCCAUGAAAGGACUCUGAAAAUCAGCCGACAGGUGCACAUACAGCCUGGACUAGUUUUGGGAGGUUGGGGAGUAGCAUGCAGCCAGAUGAAGGCUCAGAAUGGCUUCUGGAACUCUUGAGCGAGGUGCAGCUGCAGCAGUAUUUCUUGCGUAUACGUGAUGACCUCAACAUCACGCGCCUUUCCCACUUUGAUUACGUUAAAAAUGAGGAUCUGGAGAAGAUUGGCAUCGGCCGACCUGGCCAGAGACGUCUUUGGGAAGCAGUAAAGCGGAGGAAGGCUAUGUGUAAGCGGAAAUCCUGGAUGAGUAAGGUAUUCAGUGGGAAGAGACCAGACUCAGAGUUUGCUCCUCUGCCUCAAAGUACUUUUAGAAAACCUCCCAGCCCUCCACCAUCUGAAGGUCAGCAGGCCCUGACCUGUCUUAUUAGUGAAAAGGACAUUUCCCUCUUUGAGAAGCUUGGCGAUGGGUCUUUUGGUGUUGUUAGAAGAGGAGAGUGGAACACCCCUAGUGGUAAAAUGUUUAAUGUUGCAGUUAAGUGCUUGAAGACGGAUGUUCUUACACAGCCAGAUGCCCUAGAUGAUUUUAUCAGAGAAGUCAACGCAAUGCACUCGCUGGACCACGUCAAUCUCAUCAGACUAUAUGGAGUCGUCCUUACACAUCCUAUGAAAAUGGUGACAGAGCUUGCUCCACUCGGAUCUCUUCUGGACCGCUUGCGUAAGAACCUGAGUCAUUUCCUCAUCUCCACCUUAUGCCAUUACGCUAUCCAGAUUGCUAAUGGCAUGGCCUACCUAGAAUCAAAGCGUUUCAUCCACCGGGACCUUGCAGCCAGGAACAUUUUACUCUCCUCUAAUGACUUGGUUAAGAUUGGGGACUUUGGACUUAUGAGAGCGUUACCAAAAAAUGAUGAUCACUAUGUCAUGCAGGAACAUCGGAAGGUGCCCUUUGCUUGGUGUGCACCAGAGAGCCUGAAGACUCGUACAUUCUCACAUGCCAGUGAUACUUGGAUGUUUGGUGUGACACUGUGGGAAAUGUUCACAUAUGGACAAGAACCAUGGAUAGGGCUUAAUGGAAGCCAGAUUCUUCACAAGAUAGAUAAGGAGGGUGAACGUCUGCCACGGCCAGAAGAUAGCCCACAAGACAUUUAUAAUGUUAUGCUUCAGUGUUGGGCUUACAAACCUGAAGACAGACCAACAUUUGUUGCAUUGAGAGACUUUCUAGUGGAGGCCCAGCCAACAGAUAUGAGAGCACUGCAAGAUUUCCAGGAGCCGGACAAGCUGCUCAUCCAGAUGAAUGAUGUAAUAACUGUCAUCGAGGGCAGGGCAGAGAAUUAUUGGUGGAGAGGCCAGAACAAGAGAACGUUGAAGGUUGGUCAAUUUCCACGGAACACUGUGACAUCUGUAGCUGGACUUUCUGCUCAUGAUAUUAGCCGGCCUCUAAAGAACAGCUUCAUCCAUACUGGUCAUGGAGAUACUGUGCCGGCUCACUGCUGGGGCUUCCCUGACCGGAUUGAUGAGCUGUACUUGGGAAAUCCCAUGGAUCCUCCUGAUGUAUUAGGUCUCGAUCAAGGAAAUCCUAGGCCAACUCAGCUUCCAGGGAGGGCAAAAAGGGAGCGUCCACCUCGCCCUCCUCAACCGGCUGCUCUGGUUAAGAGUAAGUUUAAUGGCUCCCUCCUUCGUGCACCCUGCUCCUGUCCGCUCUGUACUUUUCUAGUCCCUCUCUCUCAAGAAUCCAGUUAUAAUCCUAUCAACGGAGAGGAGGACUCGAUAUCAUCAGGAAUUAAAAGACUGUCUCUCAAAAAAACAACAACAUCCAAAGGUCUAAAACUGGUUAAACCAUCUGCACGGGUGGCUGGCACCAAAGUGUCUGACCGGCACACACUUGGUAUUAAGAGUAGCAGUUUUUCCUCAGGAGAUGUGGCCCUAAUAGACUUUGGAGAGGACAUCAGUCCACUAAGCCCAGGUUUUAUUUCUCCUGUAGUGGAACAGACUGCUCCUUCUUUAGCUAAACUGGCAAUGGAUGCCUUUUCGUUGCUUGAUAAAACUCCUCCCCAGAGUCCCACGCGCUCGCUUCCUCGUCCUCUUCAUCCAACUCCGGUGGUGGAUUGGGACACCAAACCCCUUCCUGCUCCUCCAGCUUAUGAUGAAGUAGCACAGGAUGAAGAUGAUUUUGAAGUAUGCACUAUAAAUAGCCCUGAUGUUCUUUUGGCCCACAGAGAGAAAAUAACAAUGACCCAUCUUCAGAGGGCUAGAGAUAAAGGAGAAGCUAACUAUGGCUAUGUCCAGGAAACAGAGAGAGCUCCUGUUCUAAUAAAAGUGGAGGACAAUCUGUUCCUUCCUCCAAAGGAUUUGAAGCAUGCAAACUUUUCCCAAACAUCAGAAUUAUUUGAGGAACUACAACAGGAAUGCAUGAAGACGCUAAAUGUCCCCCCGUCAUCUUCACUGGCUUCAACUCCCAGCCCAAGUUCUUCUACUGUAAACUUUGAUGUCACUUCAUCAGAGGACAAACCACAGAUACCACCACGAAUUCCUAUACCUCCCAGGCCAAUUAGACGUGACCAUGAACGCUGGUCUGGAGAGUUGUCUCCAGCUUUUGGAGCAGAGGAAGUAGGUAGAGCUCCCUUAUUGCCCCCAAGGGACCCAUUUUCUCAACCCACAUCUCGGACUCCUAGCCCUAUGGCUUUUCAGGUGGGCUCUCCACAGCAGAGGUCUAAUCUCUGUUCUCCCUUGUGUAUAGGCCUUUCUACAUCUCCAGGAAAACCAAUGCCUACCACUCAGAGUUUUGCUUCAGACCCUAAAUAUGCUACUCCCAAGGUUAUUCAAGCCCAGGGUAAAGAUUCUUCCAAAGGUCCUUGCAUCUUGCCCAUUGUGAAAGACGGUAAGAAGGUUAGCAAUACACAUUACUACCUUCUUCCUGAGCGACCUCCUUACUUGGACAAAUAUGAGAAAUUUCUCAAAGAGGCACGAAGUCCAGAGGAGACUUCAAUGAGCAGAAGCAUAUCUACUGCAACUGUUAGGCCCAUGGUGCAGCAAACGGACUAUAAAGCCAACUUUUCGUCUAACAACAGUAACUGCUCAUCCAAAAGCGCUGUGAAGACUUCCUGUAGCUUGCAGAAAAUUGUUUACGAUGGACCAGAUAAUUUUAGACCCUCAGAAAAAAUCAGACUGGUUCAGGAAAUGGUUCAUGGAGUUACCACAGAGGAGUGUCAGGCAGCAUUACAGAACCAUGGCUGGAAUGUCCAGAAGGCUAUCCAAUACCUAAAAGUUGAGCAGCUGUUUUGCCUGGGACUGAAGACUCGUAUGGAGUGCCACAAAGUGCUGGAGACGUUUAAUUGGAACCUGGAGACUGCUAGCUCCCACCUUCUAGAAUUAUACAGUGGCUGCCAGCAAAAACGAUGAUGCAUCUGUGUUGAAGGGAUGGCUUACUUGCACAACAUAUAACUACCUGGACUGAUACAUAUAUAAAGGAUUCUCUGACCCAAGGGCAAUCGAAGCAGUUUUUUGGCUCUGAACUGGCCCUCAUGGGGGCUUCCUCAACCCACAAGAAUUGAACUUUGAAACCAACCCAGUGUUCUGCUACAUGGACAUGUGUUAAUGUUGCGUUUUCUCUUUUAAU